UGCCGGCCCAGUCAAUGCACCCAAUCCUGCCACGACCCAACAGAUAGGCGAGUUUCCUGCGGCGGAAUGGUGCAUGUCAUCACAACACAACGAGAAAACCUUGGACAGCUCGGCAGUCGCUUCCACUGCAAUCAGCGAGAGUUGGUUCCAUCCCGACCGCUAAUUGCGCUUGUAUCUUACUUCCCCUCUUCGACUCUGUGCUCCUGUUGCUUCAUCGAAAUCUUAAUGUACGCGCCGGCAUUUGACAUUUCUGCUUGAAUCCGUUGGCACCCGCAUGGUGUCUUCUUCUCAACACACUUGGGCAGGUCUGCAAAGGUGGUAUUCGAAAUUGCAUGCUCAGACGCGCAUAAUCAU